CGAGCUGCUUUGCGUUGUGUGCGGUCCGUUAUUCGUUUCGUUAGAAGAGCAGAGGAACAAUUGCGUAUAGGACGCGUGCACGCAUCUGUCUCUUUCCUUUUGACGUUUAUUGCUAAAUAAUAAAUAUCUUACUGCGGUGUGCUAAAUAACUAUACAAUUUGAAGUAAUCUGAAAUUCGCGACAGGACUUUACGUUUGUUAGGUCUACAAGGAAAGGAAACAUUAAUCCUUGAUUUGUGCAAUCGAUCGACUGAGUAGAACAUCUGGUACAUUUUCCAUGGAAUGCGGAUUAUGCAUAUUAUAAAAUAGAAAAAGAGUUUGUGGACUGCAGCUGAAGUGGAUUUGAUUGUUCUAUCGGAAUAAGUGGAUUGUAAUUUAUAGCAGCUUGCAAAUAUUCACAUGCUCUAUUGGCUGUAAUUACUAAUCGAAUUGAUGCACUUAUUACAUAAGCCAAUUACUAAGUUGGAAACUUGCAGCUCAUCAAAAUGGAUACGCUGAACGGUACAACGGAGCAACGUCAUAAAUUCACUGUAAAAUAUCGGCAGGAGUACUAUGAUCUUUCCAACUUUAUGCAUAAGCAUCCGGGUGGCAUAAAUACCCUAAAGGGUCUCAAUCAGACAGAUAUGACAGCCCGUUUUCUCAAGGCGCCACCACAUUCCGAUGCAGCCAUGUACUUGAUGCGGGAAUACAAGAUAAGUGCACAGGAUUAUGAGGGGAAAAAGAAGACAAAGGAGCGCCCAAGUGCAGCCAAGUUAGCAGAUAAUGGAAUUGAAUUGCUGGAACAAACGAAACAGUCAGCGGAGGACAGCAACAAUAAUCAACUGGACGACAGCAUGGAGUUCCUUGUGGACUGGUCAGAAGCGAUGCUGCCACAAAUUGGUAAAAUAACAAAACAUUACGAUGAAUGGGUGCAUAAGCCUGUAGAUAGACCAUUGCGCCUAUUUGGUCCGUGGUAUUUGGAAAUUUUGACGAAGACGCCAUGGUGGAUUGUGCCAGCGUUUUGGAUCCCAUCUAUCAUUGCUUGUGGCUGGCAGGAGUUCCAAGAAAACUCGCACAAUAUGAAAGGAUUCACCGUAUUGUUCAGCCAUAUUCUGUUUGGGGUGCUCUUUUGGACGUUGCUGGAGUACUCUUUGCAUCGUUGGGUCUUUCAUGUGAAGCUGACCAGCGACAGUGGACCUUGGCUGUGCACACUUCACUUUAUGAUCCAUGGACUGCAUCACAAAGUGCCAUUUGAUCCGAUGCGUCUCGUUUUCCCUCCAUUACCUGGAGUAAUUCUUGCUACUGUGAUUUACACGCCGCUAUAUUUUAUUCUACAAAAUCACCAUCCACGCUUGAUUCUCGUUGGUGCUUUAGUGGGCUAUUUGGGCUAUGACAUGAUACAUUAUUAUUUGCAUUAUGGAAGCCCAUCUGCUGGUCAGCAUCUCUAUGAAAUGAAAAGGUAUCAUUAUCAGCAUCAUUUUGCGCAUCAAGAUCUCGGAUAUGGUAUUAGCAGCCCACUAUGGGAUAUUGUGUUCAACACGCGCAUUUAUUUACGAAAAUUAAAAUUCCAAUUAAAAUGGGCGUAGUAUCCGUAUGCUGUGUGGCAUAUUACCGCUAAUUAGACAAUCAGCUAGUUUUCAGUCGAUUUGACGCCUCUAUGUAUUGUCUGAUUAGUGAUAUUAAAUAUUGCUGUAGUUGAACAAAUUUGUAAUAUAAGUUUAAGAAAUAAGAUGACAAUUUUGUAAAUCGCUAUAAAAAGUAAAAUGAAUUUUAACAUAAGUCA